CUGAUUUCAGUGAACUACUGCCCUCCGUCCUGAGCAGAUCCCCGCAGAGCUCUCCAUCUUGAUGGUUUGUUUUGUGCUUGUGGCAGUGUAAACGCAUCACACACACACAAAAGUGUUUGUUUUGUUUUUAUUCCCCCCCAGCCGAUGUGCGUUGUUGUGUGCAGUUUGUUUUGUGGAACAUCGGUGCGCACACGCGCGCCUGUUGCGUCGCCAAUGUGCGUGUUUUCGUCGUCACGUGUGAUGCAAAUCUUUUACUGCCUGAUUGAUUGCAAAGUUGCUUAAACUUGACCGUUGCGUUUCAUUGAUGCGUAAAAGACAAAAGUCCUUUGUCUCUUUCACGUGCACUCCAUUGAUAUUUUGAGUGUGUGUCCUGUGUGUGUGUCAGUUUGCGUGAUUGGAAAUCUCGUCGGUUUGGUUCGACGGAGCUACUCUGAAGGACACAUUUGAAUAUUUCUAAUCCAAAUUCGUGAACACAAUCGUGUCAUCGUCGUUGUCGUCUAUUGGCCGCCGGCUUGCAGUCGUAAAAAUGGCGCCUGUGGUGAUGAGACGGUCGAAAUCGUGGCUGUGCUGGUUAGCGAUUUGGAUGGCGUGCGCGAAUGUGACGAGAGCGACGGGAGGUAUUCAGCCGAGCGGUGAAAGUGGCAACCACGCGGCCGAUUGGGCCUGUCCGCUGGAAAAGUGGUCGCUAGAGGAGCGCCAAAAUCGUUCGCAGGUGGUCUUUACGGCCGUGAUUGAAUCGUGCCAAACGGCCGUCGAUGCAGGGCAAGCCGUCGAUGACGAUCACGAACUUUGCCAGCGCUAUUUGACUCAGCAGUCGCAUGAUCACGCCAUUGUAAGCGAUGCCGAUGUGGCGAUUAACGUUCGAAUCAAGAAGGUCGUCAAGGGACUGGAUCGCAUGUGGGAAGGACGUCGGGUGCUGGUCGAAGGUUUGAGGGAUCCGCGCAUUUGUCCGAGCCGCGUCCGGCUCCGUGACACGCGCAUUUUCCUGGCGAGUUACGUCAAUCAGCCAAUGUCAUCCGAUGACGAUGAAGCGAUGGAUCCCGUUCACGAUCAUCGGCCGAUCGAUUCAGCUGAACCCGUUCGACUACGCCUCAACUCGAGCUUGAUGUCCGUCAGUCUGCGUCACUUGCAGCAACUACGGGCAUUCAAUAAAGAUGUUCCUUACGACAGUCGAUCGGUUACAGCUCCUUCCAUCGCUAUCCUUGAAGACAAACCGGACCCUUGCGCCGACCUCAAGUGCCCGCCAGGAGCCAAAUGCAUCGCUGCCGCUGACGCCAGUUCCGCUACCUGCCAGUGCCCCACCAAGUGCUCGAGCUAUGGUGACAGCGUCGGUUCGCGGCCAGUCUGCGGCGCAGAUGGCAAAGAUUACCCAAACACGUGUGAACUGCACAAAAGCUCUUGCUUGGCGAAUCGAAGGAUUGACGUUAAAUUUCAAGGAGCUUGUGAUCCUUGCGCCUCGAUUGAAUGCCUAUCAACAUCCGUCUGCGUUCUGGAUUCGGAGAGAAAACCCCAUUGUCGUUGCGGCGAUACUUGUCCGUCAGAUUUCCAGCCUGUGUGCGGAUCGGACGGGCGGAGUUACAGCUCUCAAUGUCACCUGAUGCAGGAAGCUUGCCGUUCCCAGCGACAACUGCGGAUCCUUUACAAGGGUCUCUGCGAAUCCGGUGUGCACCCCUGUAGUAAGGCCGGUUGCGAAGCCGACGAGGAGUGCCAAGUGGACGAAAAAGGAAUGCCGCAAUGCCUGUGUGUAGGACCCUGCCCACCAAUCCAUCGUCCCGUCUGUGGCUCGGAUGAAAUGACUUACUCGUCAACCUGCGAGCUCCAGCGCCAAUCCUGCCUGAAGAAGCGGAAUAUCACAUUACUAUACGAAGGAGUUUGCGGUUCUUCGGAGGCCUGCAACCAUUUCCGGUGUCCAACGGGAGGAUAUUGCGUCGAAACUGCAUCAGGUCAGCCGAGUUGUCACUGUCCGCCAUGCGGCGGUGAAUGGGAUCCCGUUUGCGGCUCGGAUGGUGUUACUUACACCAAUCCGUGUCGUCUUCGUUACGAGUCGUGCCGCAACAAUAAGAGUCUCUCCAUCGUAUACAAAGGCCUUUGCAAUUUGAUUGAUGACACGAAAGAAACAGAUGGAUGCGACAAGAAGCGAUGCGACUUCUACGCCACAUGUGAAACGGACGAAUUGGGUCGAGCCGAAUGCGUCUGUCCCAAAGCUUGCGGCAAGUUGGCUAACGCUGAAGUCUGCGGUACAGACGGCAUCACGUAUCGUAACGAGUGCGAGUUGAAGCUGGCCGCCUGUCGUAAUCAACAAUUCAUCGUCGUAGCUUCGAAAGGCGAUUGCGAUUUGUGUAAAAAGGUGCGCUGCGAGUAUGACGCUCGAUGCGAGGACGGCAUCUGCGUGUGCCCGACCAACUGCCCAUCCCCUAUUGAACCGCCAGAUUCUGAGAGGGUUGGUGAUUUGGGAAUUUGUGCCAGCGACGGUCGCACCUACUUGACCGAAUGUCACAUGCAACGUGCUGCGUGCGAUCACGGCCUUGUGCUGAAGGUACUUCACACAGGACCCUGCCCAACUCCUCCGGCCGAUCUCAUCCUGGCCGCUUCGGACUAUCAUGACUCGUCUAGCUCCAUGUCCUCGCCAUCUCACAAUUUGCCUCCUCGAAAAUGCCACUGCAACAAGCAAGGGUCUGCGGAUGGAGCUUGUGAUCCAGUGACAUUACAGUGUCGAUGCCUGGCUGGUGUAGGAGGCAGGAGUUGCGAUCGAUGUCUCUCGGGAUACUGGGGUAUUCACUCUGUUGGAAAAAACGCCAAUGGCUGCGAACCUUGCGAUUGCCAUCGACUGGGAUCGAUCCGUGCCGACUGCGAGCAAAUGACGGGCCGUUGUGUCUGUCGAGCUCAUGUCGUUGGCCUGAAAUGUGAUCGCUGCCACGACGGACAAUUGGUAGAUAAAGUGCCUGGUGGAUGCGGUGGAUACGGAGGUAGCGGUGGGGCAGGAAGCGGAUCUGACGACGCCCUGGAGAGCGAAUCGCGCCAUUGUUCCGAUCUGACUUGCCGUUUUGGUGCCAUCUGCCAAGACCUGCAGGGUCAGGCGGUUUGCGUAUGUCCAAUGGACUGUCCGGUGGCUAGCAGCGCCGAGCAAACGGUUUGUGGCUCGGAUGGCGUUAGUUACGGGUCAGAAUGCGACCUUCGCUUGGCCGCCUGCCGCAAGCAGUUAAACGUAGUUAUGGCCUAUGAAGGUCCUUGCUCAGAUGAUAUCAUAAAUACCUCGGCCGGAAUGUCUCCGCUCGUGGCCGAAUCGGAAACGGCCGUAUCUAAGGCAACCCGUCAUGUCCAAGAAACGGACGUCGCCUUAUUGGACUGGGGUCGCCGUGACAUUGUCUCCCUCAGUCAGGUCGGUUCGCAAAAGGCGAACGAGUAUUACGGUUUUUCGCAGCCUGUCUGGAGGCCGACGGCGAGUAGCGUCCAUGUUCGAGGAUUUCUUGGUGAGUCUUGCACUGACGAUAGCCAAUGCAAAUCUGUAGCAAACAGCGGCUGCUUAUUUGGUGUGUGCGGUUGCUCGGAUGGAUUCGCCGAAGAUUCGGAUCGUAAAUCUUGCGUCGCAAAUAUUGCGUCAACUUCGGGAUCAGAAGAAUACGGACCGGUCAGGUUGUCAUCCUGCAGCUCGUUCCCUUGUUUGGGAGGUGGGACCUGCCAACCACUUGGCAUGGAAUCAUUUGUUUGUCUUUGCCCAGCUGAACGAACGGGAUCGCUCUGCGAACGCGCUCUUUCUCAAUCAGACGAAGAGAUCGUUCCGGCCGAAACACCUGCAUUCCACGGUCAAUCGUUCGUCGAACUGAAGAAAAUGAAAGCCCAAGACAAGUUCGCCAUGGAAAUAGAAUUCAAGAGUCUUUUAACAGAUGGUAUUCUACUGUAUGCACAGCAGAGGAAAGAUUUCGAUGCUGAUUACAUAUCGUUGGCAAUCAUAGCAGGCCAUGUCGAAUUGCGUUUCAAUCUUGGAAACGGUCCUGUAGUACUUCGUUCCCUGCAACCAAUUCGCUUGGGUCAAUGGCAUCGUGUAGUAGCUCAGCGUUACAGACAAGAUGGCUGGCUACGUCUGGACGACGAUGAAGAUGUGGCCACUACGUCACCUGGAGAACAUUCAACUCUCGAUUUGGAUACGAACUCGUUUCUAGGUGCCGUACCUUCUCAUCUAGCCACGGCCAGAACAUACGAUCGAAUCGGGACAGCGUCGGGUUUUGUAGGAUGCAUGCGUCGCGUGAAAAUUGGACGUCGCUCGGUGAUUUUCCGUGUGCCUCCGGAAGGCCGUAAAGUGUCGCGAAGAAACCGCCAAUUUGAGGAAAAAAAACGACGAGGCAAUGCGAUUGGUGGCGUAAGCAAAUCGUCAAUAUCGACUGUAGUGAAGAUGAACGGUAUAACACAAUGUGGCGAGAACCCUUGCUGGAAAACGCCAUGCGCCAAUGAGGGCACGUGUGUGUGGAAAACGGGUGACAACUUCACCUGCAUCUGCCGACCGCAAUUCACUGGAUUAACGUGUGAAAGUGCACUCGACCUCUGCGCGAGCUCUCCUUGCGCCGAUGGCUCAACUUGUACCAGUUCGAAGAAUCGUUUUACGUGCAAAUGUCCUCCGGGAAGGAAAGGAUUUCUCUGUGAUCAGCAUGACGGGAUGAAGCACGAAAUUCUCGUACCAGAAUUCAAUAUCGUUCAUUCGUCGACGCCAGCGUCCAGUUAUGUAUCAGUGGCACGUUCGUUCCAAGUCAGCCAAAAUUUAGACUUAGAGGUGUGGUUUCUUAGCCGUUCCUCUGAUGGCAUGCUUGCCUAUUCGGCACGUGACGAAAACGGACGCGGGGAUUUCAUCUGGCUAGCGCUCAUAGGUGGCCGCGUACAAUUCCGUUGGGAUUUGGGCAGCGGCGCUGGAAUCGUCACCUCUCCGGAUCGGGUCAAGUUGUUCAAUUGGCAUCGCGUUUUGGUGAGUAGGCGUGGCAAGGAAGCCAGUAUCCGUUUAGAUGAUGGUGCCACGAGUGAAGGCCGUUCUUUGGGACCGCUUUCCGAAUUGAAUCUUGAUAUUCCUCUCUUCAUUGGCGGCCUAAGACCAAGUUUGGUUUUGCCACGUGAUGUCCCCAAGUUGGACAAUUUGCAAGGCGCUGUUCAGAGAGUUAUCGUUAAUGGCGAAGUUUUUGAGAAACUGAUGGAGAGUGAGGCCGAGCAGCAAAAUGUGGCCGUUUAUAGAGGCCCACCUUGCGGUCAUAUGCUCGCCACGCAUCCGUCGUCGUCCCGCACUUCGGCUCAUCCUGUCAAUAGCAGAGAUUCGUCAUCGCCUUGCCAAAAUGGUGGCGUCUGUCAACCACUCCUGGCCAGCUUCGUCUGUAAAUGCCAAACGGGUUUCCUCGGAAAACGCUGCGAAAAACGCACGGACGCAGCGGAAAUCACUCGGCCAAUCAAAUUUGAUGGGAAAACUUUCUUGAAAUAUCCAAAUCAAUUGAAAGACGUGUAA